AUCAUUAUCCACCGACCAAGAACCUGAUAGGCCGCAUACUUGGCUGAGUAGCAGCUGCACACGAGCAGCAGCUGGGGAUCGAAUGGUCUGCUUCAGGAUAGAGGUGCGGCCUGUCUGUGUUGGCCAGUCUAUGGAAGCAUCCUGCAUCGUGUAGAGUCUGACAUGCCAACGAGGUUACUGAUGUAGCCAGGCGGUUCUCCCGUGAGAAAAAGGGCAGCAUAAGAUUCACUCUGCAGGUUUAAAGAUUCGGGACGAAAUGUGUCCUUGCAAUGAGGUGUUACACGGUCGAAACGAUCACAUAACCCUUUUAACUGGAAGGUCCCCCAUGGGAGUUGAACGAGAGCGAGUGAACGUAUUCGAUAAACGAUUGCCGUGUGUUCUGAAACAGAAUGCUCCCUCCUGUAAGGAGCACUCUUUCUGCUUUAGGGACAGCCUAGUGCAGUUGACAUGAUGUGCUUGAUCUUGAAUUCACCCAGCUACCCAUUGAAGCAGGAAUCCCACCUCUAGCCUGCCGUCUCCCUUGCGUAUGUCAGUGAUGCAUGCUGAUGACACUUGGCCAGUGAGCCGUCACAGCAGCUGCAAUGUCUGAUCCAUCUCAUAUGCACCUUGAGUUUUCACCAAUGGCAGUGUUCUCAGGUGUGGCCAAAUGCGCUCGACAGCUUUUCUGUUAACUGUUGUCUGCACAGGUGGAAGUCACUACUGGUCAAAUGAGGGCGGCCACGUUCCCGUCGCAUCUUCUAACGAACGUUUCAGCUGCCACUGUAGAUACACGCCAAUAUAUGGAUGCAAAAUAAUUUUCAGUGUUUACUGAAGCCUGACACCCCUUUUGUGUGUUUGCAUCGUAAAAAAUCGAAAAGGGGCCGUUUUCGACCUUAGAGUUGUACGUACGGGUGCUUACACACAUGAUGUACUAACAGGGACUGAGAGCUCCAAGUCCUUGAGUUUCGGAGUGCAUCGAAGUUUUAGUUGUCUAAUUUUAUAUACGUGGAGAGGUCACCUCUUGUAGUUGCCGACCAAGAUGUCGCAAAAACCUUUUUCUUCGAGACCUUUUACCUUCGGAGGCUCACUCGAGAGGCGUCAGAGUUGCAUCACUCUACAGACUAUACGAGAAGCGUGCAAUCGAGAACUCCGGUUGGCCGGCAGUGACGCGCGAAGUGCGUCAAGUGGUGCUGCCGCUGGUGCUCGGGAGGAUGGCGGAACACUUGAUGCAGCGCCUGAAGUAGCUCCUCAUUCGCCUACCCAUCGUCUUCCCACCGGAAAACGCGAUUUGCCUCCAGGGCCUCUCCCACUUCCGGCAAAUUCUGCCCACUUCACGCGACUACCGUGGACAUCCGAGUCCCAGGCAAAUGACGUCUUGGGAACUGCUUGCGGCGCUACGAUGAACAGAGACAUGCAUUUAUUUCCGUGCGGCGUUAGUAUAACAGUUCAUGCACCGUACACAGCUCUUCUCGCAAUUCAGAGAUUUCCAGGCAGCAAGCCAGGAGAAUCGAGAUGAAAAACGAGCAACAGAGAGCAUCGACAAUUUGCACAACCAGGGACCAGCAAUCAAGGCCUUUUACGACUUGCUCUUUGUGAUCGAAAAAAAGAUUGAGGAGCUCAGCGCUCGGUUGAACCAGGUCGCUAAAUCAGCAGACAUAGAACAUGUAAACAACUGCCUGCUGGAGCAAGAAUCCCGAGUUUCAGUGAGCUGCUUCACCAUCCUGCUACCAGGAGAAAUCAUGAGAACGUGGGACCUUGGCCA